CUAUGUUUUACCAGUUUAACAAGAUGUCUCGAUAUGACAUAUUCAACAGUUGUUCUGCGUGGUAUUUAUAAAGGUUUCAGAGGAUUGUGGUGUUCAAAAGAAAGGAAUAGUUCGGAGAAUAUAAUACGGAGCAUAUUGGGAGGUGUUGCUGUCCUGCUUCUCGCGUUGACACUCUUAGUUGGGAGUUUUAUUUCUUUUGAAUCGGAGUAUAGCAAUACGGGAUAUCGUAAUAAAUAUAUUCAAGAAUUCUCAUUUCUUUGCGACGACCUUUCAUUAAGCCCGGAUGAGGAUUUUGAGACAUUUAACAUAAAUAAGAACAAACUUAAGUAUUUUGUGCAAGGUGACAAAUAUAUUUGCAGAUUUCAUAACCUGACUGAAGUCUUAUACAAGGUGGUUCAGCGCGUUGGAAGGCUCAGACUGUCACUUGGGUUAGAGAGACAACCAUAUCUUCAGUGCGGGAAUAGCAGUCUCAAACCCGCAUCUGGAUAUUUGACUGCAACAUUUUCUAGAAUUUCAAGACACCAGAAGUACAAAGAUAAAGGGUUUGAUCAAAUUAUACAUUGGGACAAACAUCUGGCAAGUGGAUUCUUCGCAGAAAAUCUUAAAUACAAGAAAGGCAAAGUACGAGUGCCGGAAGGUCGAUUUUACUUUGUUUACGCAUCAGUGCAUAUCAACGUUAGCAGAGGCAUAACACCGAAGAUCAAUACGAUGCCGAGAGUCUCCAUUCGAAUAUGUGUGAACCAUCACGGACAUGAGCGUACUCUUCUUUACAAAUCAAAUAGUUUCAAUACAACAGAGAUAGAUGCUAUUUCUACUUUAAAUGUUGGUAGUCACGUGUAUCUUGCACGAGAAGAAGAUGUGUACGUUAGAAUAUCAGAUGCGAAAGGAAUAAUGCAGAACUCGUGUGGAAACUCUUUUGGCAUAUUUCCUCUGUAUUAAAGGCACAGCUUUCGUGAUUAUGUUUUUAGAAACAAGUUGUAUCAUUAAAUAAUAAAUUAAAUUAUAAGUACAACAUUGAAUGUCUUCUGUCUACCUGGCAGAUUUGGCAGAUGGUGAAACAUAUCAAUGGAAAUGCUUUAGAGUACUUAAUUGUAUAAAGUUAUAUAUUGAUGCCAAGUUAGAAUUCUGUACUUUAAUUUUAGGUAUAUUGCACCAUGUCAAUGUAAUGUUUCAAAUGCAACGUAUUACGUCGCAUUUCAACAUGAAAAUAUAUUGCAACAUAAGUUGUCAAACAAGAACAAAGUCAAACUUUUAAAUUAAACUCGGCUAACAUUUAUUCUACACGUAAUGAUAUGUUAAAUGCUUAAUAAGAAAUUACAAAAACACUUUGACAGUGUUUAUGUUUAAUCAUUGCCAGUAUUAGAAUACAAUUUGUAUAAAUAUUGAUAUUUGAAAAUAAAAAGGAAUGGCGU